CCAUAACAGGAGCACAACCACAAGCUUCUAGAAAGUCAUUAUCUCCAGCUCUCCCAUGUUCCGCCCACUUCGCCUAUUUUCAAAGGCUGCCGAUCCUAUCUUUUGUCCAGCUGCAUUGGACGGGCAGCCAUGUAUUAUUCCGCAAUGCUUCUUUUCGCACGAAGUUUACCUUCCUCAACCACCCCCGGCGCCUCCUCCACCAUCCAAGCCUAUCACCGCGCCCGCGCCCGCGCCCACGCCCACAGAACCAGAAGAUAGCUACGAGCCGCCGCCCGCUAUUACACCGCCGAAGAAGACGGUGGAUCCACGGUUACGGGACAUUGUCGAAGGGAAGAAGAUCACGGAAGCGAAGAAGACACAGGAUCUUGUGGCAGCGAGGGACAAACGGCCUAGAUCAGUUGAGGUGCAAUGCGGAGCUGCAAAAGAUGUCAAAGAUGCUAUCAACUCGGCAACUAAGGGCGCGUCGAAAGCCGUCGAGACUGGAAACGUGUCGCCUGGAGCUUCGUCGGUCAUAGCUUCGUCGGAUGCCUGGCCGACUCCAGCGCAGUCGAGCAAGAAGCUCAAGACCUCGAAGGCAGGAGGAAGUGAUGUACCUGUCGAUGAAUUCUAUGGAAAUCAUGUUUGUGUCCCGCUGAGACCCGGACGUGGAUCCGGGCCCGACUAAGCGGUACCUAUGUUUAACUGACCGCAUGUCAUGUGUAGGUGCCUUCCAACACGACGGCCGUUUCGAACAAAGCGGGAACCGUGAAGUCUACCACGGCAA